AUAUGAUAACCAAUCAGUGUAAAUCGAUAGUCGCUACAGAACGGUUGGGACGCGAUCAUCAUGCGUGCCUUGCUGGUGCUCGUCUUUUUUGGCCUGACGGCGAGUUCUUCCGGAACCGGUUCCUGUGUGGUUAGGUUCAACGACACCAGCUACGGCGUAGGACUGCACAAUGAGACCUUCACCGGGUCUCCGUUUUGCACCUAUCUGGGAGUCCGCUAUGCAGAAGCCCCGGUUGCAGCACUCAGGUUCAGAAAUCCAGUCCUGUACCAUCCAAGUGGACCGGAAAACUACACUACAGUAGGCAACAUGUGUCCCCAGGAGGACGACAUAUUCAACUUCUCGGAAGUGAUUGGCAACGAAGAUUGUCUGUUUAUGAACAUCUAUGCGCCCAAGGCUUCCGGAGGCAACCAAUAUCCAGUGCUGGUGUUUGUUCACGGAGGAACAUUCAUGGUGGGAUCGGCCCAACAGGACGUCGCCAACGGAGUUGAUCUACUGGUAGACAGCGGCGUCCUGGUGGUCAGCAUCAACUACCGCCUGGCAGUGCUGGGAUUCCUACGGUAUCCGGCGUUCAACAUCAGCGGUAACUUUGGCCUGAAAGAUCAGCGAACAGCUCUACAGUGGGUCCAGCGGUACAUCAAGUACUUUGGAGGUGAUCCCGAUCGCGUUACCCUGAUGGGACAAAGUGCUGGAGCCGGAUCGGUCACGUUCCACCUCUACUCGGAAGGCUCGCGUGGCCUGUUUCAGCGACUAUUCGCACUCGGUGGCUCGAUGCUUGCCCCGUGGGCGCUAAAUCUCGAUUCACAAGACACCGGCGAACAAAUGGUCGCACAGUGUAACGUUUCCAGCAUCGAAGAAUUGCAGGAACUCGACUUGAACCGUUUAGUGGUGCGGGACGGUUUCGACACGUUCGGAUUCUUCUCAAUGUUCUACCCCGGUUUCUUGCCCGCAAUUGAAGCCGGUGAUGAUCCGGAUGCCUUCAUCACUGCAGCACCUCACGAGUUGAUUCUUCAGAAACCUGUCAACCAAGUCCCGAUGCUAGUUGGUCAUACAUCCACCGAGUUCGAACUGCUUCUAUUCUACGCAAACUUCCUCUACGUGGGCAGCAACUUCCCGAACAACGGAAAUGUAUCUUUAUUAGGAAACAUCACCAGGCUCGCAAACUUUAGAGCCCAACUGGCCAGAGAUCCCAGCUUCUACAAGAAGCUAGCCAACGUGGCCAAUCUGGCGUACCCCAUCAAGGAGAUGUUGAAACACCUCUCCAAACACCUGGAGAAGGAUCCCAUCUACUACUUCAAGUUCGAAUUCGACGGUCGAUUCGGGUUCUACAAGAACGAGUUCUACACCAACAGAACCCGCGGCAGUCGGUACGGAGCGGUUCACGGUGAUGACCUGGGGUACAUAUUCUCACCGUACAACAUGCAGGAAGCGUUAGCCAACCGGAGCGAGUUUCGCCGGGAGUGGAAGGUUCACGAACGAACCGUAGAACUGGUGUCGAAUUUCGUAAAGUACGGGAAUCCCACCCCGAAGCGCAGUAAAAUGUCCCAGGUACGGUGGCCUGAGUACAACAGCCGCAACGAAACGGAACCGAUGUACCUGAACAUUGACGACCGGUUCGAGAUACGGGUCGAUCGCGAUGCAAAGGAUGACUAUUUUCAGAUCUGGGAACCAAUCUAUCAGUGUUUGUACUACUACAAUUGCGAGUUGCUGGGUGCGAUGGUAACCGAGAUGGAGCAAUACAAGGAGAAGCUCAAGGUUGACAUAGCUGACGAAAUACGGAACAUGAUUGACAUGGGAGAAAUAAUUUUGAAUAAAGAAAACCGUUAGAACGAGGUGGAAGCU